AUGGCCAUCUCGAAGACCACGGCGCUGUACGUGGUGGUCGGCUUCUUGAGCCUCUCGACGGUCGCAUUCAUGGUCGCCGUCAUCGUGAUGGCUUCCACGCAGAAAGCUUCGCCGGCACCGCCGUCACCAGUCCCCAAGCACAACGUGUCCGAUCAGGCCGGAUGGAUCGCUGCCGCAAAGAACAUCCGUCUGUCGAUCGAUCCACGAGUGAAUCCUUGCGACGACUUUUACAAGUAA